UACUAACGCAAGUUUGUUACGAAAUUUUAUAAAAUCACGGUAUAUAAACUGGAUUGUACCAAAUCAAAUGUAUUCUGAGCUUAAGUGUUCUAAAUAUACAAACAAACAUGUCCACCUUCGCUUUUCUGUUGCUCUGCAUCCAGGCUUGCCUCAUCCAGCAAGCGUUCAGCCAAGCCAUUUAUGGUCUGGGUCCACGUAGCGGCUACGGUUAUGGCGGAGUUGAAGCGAGCGCUGUUGACAUCGAAGCUGUUGGCGGCUACGGCUACAACAAUGGCUUGGCCGGAAUUGGCGGUCUGGGAUUGACUAACGCUGGUGGCUUGGGAUUGGUUAACGCUGGUGGCAUAGGAUUGGCUGGAGCUGGACUCGGCAUCAACUCUGGACUCGGUCUUGGACUUAACGCUGCCGGGCUAGGCGUUUCUGGUCUCGGCGGACUCGGCAUCGCCGGCGGCUACGGCGGCGUGGGUAACGGCGCGCUCGCCGUCUCCGGAGAGCUGCCAGUUGCUGGCACCACGGUCGUCACUGGCGCCGUGCCAGUGCUCGGCGCUGUGAGCUUCAGCGGCAACUUGCCAGCUGCUGGCGCCGUCUCCAUCUCCGGCAACUGCGGAUGCGGUGGUGUGCCAUACGGAAACUACUAGAUAUCGACAAAAUUUGCACUUUGAUAGAAUUGAAUACAUUUGAAUUCGUAAAAUUA